GAGUCCUCAGGUGAAGCUGUGUUCACUACCAUUACUUCUUCCUUUGUUCUCAGUUAUGCCUGGGAAAAUGGCUCUGCGGAUCCCCAGGGGCCUUGGGGCAGCAGCUGCGAUGGCGACGCUGGCGGUGCUGAGCGCCGCGGCGGCGGCGGGCAGCGACUCUCCACUGGACUUCCUGUACCAGGUUAAGGGCCUGUGCUACUACACCAACGGGACGCAGCGGGUGCGGCUUGUGGUCAGACACAUCUACAACCGGGAGGAGUACGCGCGCUUCGACAGCGACGUCGGGGAACACGUCGCGGUGACCGAGCUGGGGCGGCCGGACGCCGAGUGCUGGAACCGGGACAAGGACAUCAUGGAGCGGAAGCGGGCGGAGCUGGACACGGUGUGCAGACACAACUAGAAGGACGCCGCCCGGGCCCUGCGCCGGCGAGUGGAACCUACAGUGACCAUCUCCCCAUCCAAGACAGAGGCUCUAAACCACCACAACAUGCUCGUCUGCUCGGUGACGGAUUUCUAUCCAGGCCAGAUCAAAGUUCGGUGGUUUCGGAACAACCAAGAAGAGACGGCCGGCGUUGUGUCCACGCCCCUUAUUAGGAAUGGGGACUGGACCUUCCAGAUCCUUGUGAUGCUGGAAAUGACUCCCCGGCGAGGAGACGUCUACACCUGCCAUGUGGAGCAUCCCAGCCUGCAGAGCCCCAUCACAGUGGAGUGGAGGGCGCAGUCUGAAUCGGCGCAGAGCAAGAUGCUGACUGGCGUCGGGGGCUUUGUGCUGGGGCUGAUCUUCCUCGGGCUGGGCCUUUUCAUUCGUCAGAGGAAACAGAAGGGAUCUCAUGGACCUCCACCAACAGGGCUCCUGCGCUGACUCCCGAGGAUACCGUGACUGGGAUUGGCCGUGUCUCCUGUAAUGCCUGCUUGUGCCUGCCCCGAGUCCCCAGCUGCCUGCCAGCCUGUCCCUGUCUGAGAUCAGAGACCUACGGUGACUCUGAUGCAGUUGCCUGGUCACCUCCUGUGACCCCACUGUGAGGACCUGACCGGGACCCUGGAGCCUGUGCCUGCGGGCUGCCAGCGGAAUCUACUCAAGGCCCCCAGGCUUUUUUGUUUGUUUGUUUGUUUGUUUGUUUUUAUUUCUCCCCACAGACUGUUCAAGAGAAGCACAUUAAAGCCUUUACCUGACCAUAGAGCUUUUAUCGUAAUUAAACAUGUUAUGUGUUAUCUGUAUCCUGAGACUCCUUUGCUGGGUGGAGGCAGGAAACUACUGCAGAAUGAAAGAACAUAUUUUGUUCCUUGAGGGAGACUGGAGGCAUCUUUGGGUGCUGUGUUAAAAGUGGGCAGAGGAGGGGGGAAAAGCAAGGACAGCUGUAAUAGCAUAAACA